GCCGGCAGCCGCGUACAAGAUCAGUCGCGAGUUUGUUUCCGGCGCGAGUGGGAGCACGAGCGCGCGCGCGCUCUCGUUCUCACCGGUUUUUGUGCGUGUAGUGUGGGGCGGCCCCUAGGCCCGCUCAAACCUAUAGGUCUCUGGGUCCAGAAUGUUUCUGUUAUGGGCGUUGCCGCUCGCCCUGUAUCUGCUCUACCGGUGGAGCAUCGCGACGUACGAUUACUUCGAGAAGCGUAACAUCCCGUACGUGAAACCGGUCCCAUUUUUCGGCCAAGUGUGGUCGUUCUUCACCCAGGAAAAGCAUGCCGUUGAUGUGGCCUCGGAAGGCUACCACAUGUUUCCGAACACGCGCAUCUCGGGCGUGUUUACACUCCGAACACCGGCCUACCUAGUGCACGAUCCCGCCCUGUUCAAGGAGAUGGCGAUUAGAGAUUUCGACCACUUUACCGACCACGUGACGCAGCUGUCGCUCGAGCACGAUCCACUGCUGGCCCGCUCGCUCUUCUUCACCAACGGAGCCCGCUGGCGGCAUCAUCGGUCCGGCCUGAGCCCUGCCUUUACCGGCAGCAAAAUACGCAACAUGUUCGUGCUACUGUCCAAGAGUGCCGGCGAUGCGAUGAAGCGGCUGGUGGUGUUUGCCCGCGGCAAACCGUUCGCGAUGGAGCUGCGCGAUCUGUACUCCAAGCUGGGCAACGAUGCGAUGACUUCCAUCUCGUUCGGCGUGGACGUGGACUCGCUGACCGAUCCCGACAACGAGUUCUUCCUCAAGGGCAAACGGUUGGCGCAGAUCGACGGGCUGCCGGGGCUGAAGCUGCUAAUGACAACGAUCCUGCCGGGGUUGUUCAAGUUCCUGCGGCUCGGCGUACUGUACAAGGAUGUGAACGAGUUCUACCUGGAAGCCGUCUCGACCAACAUUCGCUACCGCGAGAGGAACCUCAUCAAGCGGCCCGACUUUAUCCAUCUGCUGCUGCAGGCCCGCCGGAACGAGCUCAACUCGGAGCAGACGGAGGACGAUGCGCUCGAGAGUGCCGGGUUUUCGACCGCCGAAACGCACACGGUGGAGCAGCGCGGUGCCACGGGCGAGACGCUCCAGUGGCACGACGUGGACAUUACGGCGGCGGCCGCAUCGUUCUUCUUCGGUGGCAUCGAGACGACGACCACGGUGCUGUGCUUCACCAGCUACGAGCUGGCUGUCAAUCCGCCCAUUCAGGAUCGGCUGCGGGCGGAGAUUGAUAGUGCGCGCGACGAGUUGAUUGAUGGUGCGACGCCGACGUACGAGAUCUUGCAGAAGAUGAAAUACCUCGACAUGGUCGUGUCGGAGACGCUGCGGCGGUGGGCGCCAUUCGGUCUGACCAAUCGCCGCUGCACCAAGGACUACACGUUCACCAACACGGACGGGACGCGCGUCACGAUCGAGAAGGGGCUCAAUGUGUCGAUCCCGCUGAAAUCGUUCCAUCUGGAUGAGAAGUUCUUCCCCGAUCCGUUACGGUUUGAUCCGGAGCGGUUUGCCGACCCGAACAACAUCAACCAGGACGCGUAUGUGCCGUUCGGAACUGGGUUGAGGAACUGUAUCGGGUCCCGGUUGGCGCUGAUGCAGGCCAAGUGCUUCCUGUUUUACAUGCUGUCGAAUUUCAUCAUCCAACCCGGCAGCAAACUGACCAUUCCGCUCGUGCUGGAUGAAACGUCGGCGGGGCUGAACGCGAAGCAUGGCUUCUGGAUGAACCUGGUUCCGCGCUAGGCGGCGAGCCCUUGCUAUGGUACGGGCGAUAAGAUAACGAGCAUACCGUUUAUUAUUACCCGGAAGAUAUGUGGAACGAUUGCGAUAGGAAUGGCCUAAUGUGUAUGUGUGAGUGUGGUUGUGAUGAAAAUGGAGUGUUUCUCCAGCAGUCUCAGGAGCAGUGUCAUCAGCGUGCUUUAUGUUCCUUUUUUAACGUACAAAACUCUGUAAGCAACAAUCGGCUUGCGAGAUGAAUAAAGGUCGUUUAAAGGCAACA